CCUCCAUAACCUCAAACUUUAUAACCAUUAUUCUCAUAACCUCCCACUUUCUUAACCCCCAUUAUAUUCAUGCUAAUAUCAUGUAUAUAACUUAUGCCUCUAUGUUACGCUAUAAAUAGACACAUAAAAAUUCAUAUUGUAUGCACUUGAAAACUUGAAAUAAUAAGAAAAAUUCUCAUCUUUUGUCUCCCUAUUUCUAUUGGUUUGGUCUUCUAUAUUUCUUGUCCUGUUUUGCAAUAUAUUUUAAUGUUAUUUCUCAUUUUCCCAACAAUUAUCAGGAUAGAUAAUUUUGGGGGCAAAUAUGAGCCUGAUUGGGAUUAAAUUAUGCAAAAAAGAGUAAAAUAUAGGGAAGAGAGCGUGAAUUUCAAGAGAAAACGUUGAGCAUGAUAUGGAUAGUUCCCAAGGACAAAACUUUGAUCUUUUAUCCAAUUCCUUUUGUAUCUGUUUUGUGGUUUUCAAGUCAACUUUCAGCCCAGUGUUUACUUUUGGGUGAUCCGAUAUGGGGAGUAGAACUUGCGAUCUUGUUGGCCAAGUCAACCCAGCUCAGAGUUUCGAUACACAAGCUCUGCUUCGCUAUGCCUCUGCUAAUGUUAUUGGCUUCCCUGCAAAUCCUUCUCUAUUUACUAUAUCUCAGUUUGGGCAUGGCCAGUCAAAUCCCACUUUCCUCAUUGAGGUUGGCUCAGGAACCUUGCCAAAAAAAUAUGUGUUGAGAAAGAAACCCUGUGGAAAUUUACUGACAUCUGCUCAUGCUGUUGAGAGAGAGUAUGAGGUCCUGCAUUCUCAAUUUCUCGUUCUACAUGCAUUAAGUACUCACUCGGUGGUCCCGGUCCCAAAGGUUUUUUCUUUGUGUACAGAUUCAAGUGUGAUUGGAACUCCAUUUUACAUUAUGGAGUAUCUGGAAGGACGUAUCUUCGUAGACCCGACGCUACCUGAUGUACUCCCUGAAAGAAGAAGGGUCAUAUUUCGUGCUGUUGCUCAAGCUUUGGCCGGUCUUCACUCUGCUGAUGUUGAUUUAGUUGGUCUUGGUAACUAUGGGAAACGGAUGAACUAUUGUAAACGGCAGGUGGAAAGGUGGGCCAAACAAUAUCUUUUAUCUACUGGUGAGGGUAAGUCCCGGAGAAACCCAAAAAUGUUAGAGCUGGCUGAUUGGUUACGGCAACAUAUUCCCCUUGAAGAUUCCUCUGGAGCAACAGCAGGUCUAGUCCAUGGUGACUUUCGGAUUGAUAAUGUUGUGUUUCAUCCUAUUGAGGAUAGAGUGAUAGGUAUUCUUGAUUGGGAGCUUUCCACUUUGGGUAAUCAAAUGUGUGAUGUUGCCUACAGUUGCUUGGGAUUUAUUGUGAAUAUUGCAUCAGAAAGUAUAGAAGAAAAUAAUGGUUUUGAACUCACCAGCUUCCCUGAUGGAGUGCCUUCUCUUUCCAAUUAUCUCGCAGAUUACUGCUCAGCGGCUGGAAGACCUUGGCCUAUCGAACAAUGGAAGUUCUACGUAGCCUUUUCCUUAUUUCGUGGGGCUUCAAUAUAUGCUGGAGUACAUUGCAGAUGGAUCAUGGGUAAUGCUUCAGGAGGUGACCGUGCACGAUGCGCUGGGGAAAAGGCUGAUGCCUUCGUUAGAACUGCAUGGUCGUUUAUCCAAAGAAAAUCUGUUCUCCCUCAGCACCCUCCAACUGAGACAAGCUUAGAGGAUCAUGUCAGGCAACUUGGACAUGAUAGCUCAAAUCAAGGAUUACCUAUGGGAGGGAAAUUUGUGCCCAGUGAGAAGGUUCAAAAGUUGAGGAACAGACUGACAAAAUUUAUGGAGGAUCAUAUAUAUCCAACAGAAAAUGAGUUUUACAAGCUUGCGGAAUCUUCCAUGCGUUGGACAGCUCACCCAAAUGAAGAGAAAUUAAAGGAGCUGGCCAAAAAAGAAGGAUUGUGGAACUUAUUCAUACCAUUUGAUAGUGCUACGCGGGCUAGAGAACUUAUUUUUGGCAGCCGAAAUGGUCUACUGAACAAUGAUUUUGGUAGCUUAUUGGGUGCUGGUCUUUCCAACCUGGAGUAUGGAUAUCUGUGCGAGAUUAUGGGUCGUUCUGUCUGGGCGCCACAAAUUUUCAACUGUGGUGCUCCUGAUACAGGAAAUAUGGAGGUAUUACUUCGGUAUGGGAAUGAGGUACAGAUGAAGGAAUGGCUUGUUCCCUUGCUUGAAGGUAAUAUACGCUCUGGCUUUGCAAUGACAGAGCCUCAAGUUGCAUCCUCAGAUGCCACCAAUAUAGAGUGUUCCAUUAAAAGACAUGGCAACUCGUAUAUUAUCAACGGGACAAAAUGGUGGACUAGUGGAGCCAUGGAUCCCCGGUGCAAAAUUCUCAUUGUGAUGGGAAAAACUGACUUGGCAGCUCCAAAGCAUAAACAACAGUCCAUGAUCUUGGUGGACAUAAACAGUCCUGGUAUUACCAUAAAGAGACCGCUAACAGUAUUUGGCUUUGAUGAUGCUCCUCAUGGGCAUGCAGAAAUAAUAUUCGAGAAUGUAUGCGUCCCAGCCAAGAAUAUCCUGCUUGGUGAGGGGCGUGGGUUUGAGAUUGCACAGGGUAGGCUGGGACCUGGAAGGUUGCAUCAUUGCAUGAGACUAAUAGGUGCAGCAGAUCGUGGCAUGCAGAUGAUGGUUCAAAGGGCUCUUCAAAGAAGAGCUUUUGGAAAAUUAAUUGCUCAACAUGGCUCUUUUCUUUCUGAUGUUGCUAGAUGUCGAAUUGAUCUGGAGAAAACCAGAUUAUUAGUUCUCGAAGCUGCUGACCAGCUUGAUCGGCUUGGAAACAAAAGGGCCCGAGGUAAAAUUGCAAUGGCAAAGGUUGCUUCUCCAAAUAUGGCAUUGAAGGUUCUCGACACAGCAAUGCAAGUGCAUGGUGGUGCUGGUUUAUCCGGCGACACUGUUCUUGCACAUCUCUGGGCUACAGCAAGGACAUUAAGAAUUGCAGAUGGUCCUGACGAAGUACACCUGGGGACAAUUGCAAAGAUGGAACUUCAGAGAGCCAGACUGUGAAAGGUUGAUACAAAUACUUCCUUUUUGCAUUGACACGAGUUGUUUGCUUGCAUAUGGCUUCAACCUCUGCCCUGGUCAAGAAAAUAAUAAUUGAUAAUAGACUCUAUUGGAAACAGAGGGCUGAGAUCAUGAAAAUAGAAGGCUAUGGAGCAUAAAGUAGCCCAACAAUGAGUUUUAAGUAAGAUUAUGGUAUUUGUAUCGUAUCAGCAGUUGUCUUGCUCGAUAAUGGUGUCAGUUUGUGGCACCUUUAUUAACUUACCUACUGAUGUAUACAUGAUCUCUAAACUCUGAUUUGCACCAUCUUGGUUUUUACAGUAUUAUUUUUUUCUUCAUUUGUCUCUGUUGAAACUCUUGAAGCUGUAUUAGAUAACCUUGUAUAGAUAUAGAUGUAGAUACAUGUGUGUUUCUUAA